UACUGAGGAUCUUCUCACCAAAUGAUCUUAUAUGGUUUCUUCUGCUCCCUGCUGCUUCCAGAUCAGGAUCCUGAAGAACGGAUGUUUAGAGCCGCAUGAAUCAGAUAAUAUAUAUAAAUAGAUAAAGCAUCAGCGUGUCUUCCGACAGGCUUGAACAACACGUCAUACAAACACACACACACACACACACACACUGACGAGCUGUUCCUCAACACACCCGGCGGUGGGCUGAUAUGCCCCGUAACGGCAGCCGUCUGAUGGCUGACGCUGGGAACGGCCGCUACGAGACUCCUCCAGCCUCUGAGCUCCAGAGACUCCUGUGGGUCAAAGCUGGAACCAGCGGCCAUCUGGACGAGGUCAGGCCUGGAAUAUACAUCGGAGACAUGUACGCAGCGAAGGACAAGCACUUGCUCCAGUCUCUGAACAUCACAUUCGUGCUGAACGCAGCUCAUGGGAAGUUCAAUGUGAACACAGGAGCCAGUUACUACAGAGACACUAAAAUCAGCUAUCACGGCGUGGAGGCCUUUGACAUGCCCUCCUUUGACUUGAGCCCCUUCUUCUACUCCGCUGCCAAGUUUAUCAAGACUGCCAUGAGCACCCCUGGAGACAUUUUUCUUGUUUUUUUCCUAGGUAAGGUGCUUGUGCACUGUGCGAUGGGUCUGAGUCGCUCAUCGUCGCUGGUUUUAGCGUAUCUGAUGAUUCAUGAAGGCAUGACGCUGGUGGAGGCCAUUAAAGCCGUCGCACAACACAGGAAUAUCUGCCCAAACUCCGGCUUCAUGGAGCAGCUGAGAGAACUGGACAAAAAACUGCACUGCCAGAGCGCUGCCUUCUAACAUCGGACCAGAUCACAAAAACACUACAUUAGAUACAGCAACAGAAUUAUUCACAUGAGGAGCGAUUAUGAAAAUUCCCUGACAGAAAUGCAUGAUUCAGAAUCUGCCUUACAUGAUGUAAUUACAUGAUUAGAUACAGGAUUUCAUUUCUCAAUUAAAAAGU